AUGAAUGUGCAAAAGGUGUCAUGCAAGGCAAGGUGCCAAUAUUUUGUGGUCACACUUAAAGGAGCUGCAUAUAAGUGGUUUAAAAGCCUUAGACUAGGAACAAUUACAUCUUGGAAGCAAUUUUUGGAGGAAUUCCAUCAACAACAUCAAGCAACGAGUGAUUACAUUGUGCCUAUAACAAGUAUCACCAAUGUAAUGCAAGGGGAGAAAGAAAGCUUAAGGAGAUACAUCCAACGCUUUAAUGCCGAAGUUGCCAAAGUAGGGAGGAUGUCCAACGAUGAACUCAAGUUCGCCAUAGCUAUUGGAAUAUGCCUUGGGAGUGGAUUAUGGGGGAAUAUGUUAAAAAGGGAGUUGGAUGGAAAUGAGGACUUCUAUGAGAAAGCAGAAAUAUACAUCCGUAUCGAGGAAGGAAACAGAGUCUUGGGGACGGACACAAGUGAGUGUACUUUGGCAAGCUUGUCAGACCCUUACAAGGUCUAUUAG